AUAGCUAGCGCCACGGAAAAUAUCCCCCAUCAGCACCCGCAGUUCUUGUUCAUCUUGGAGUCAUAUUGAACAUCCAAGGCCAGGACCAGUCAUCGGUAAUCAUCAGCAGGUUCGGUGCCGCCGAACUUGUUCGACACCCGGAAAACGCAGAGCUGGUCCGGAGCUCUCCCACAUAGAUUGCUGCUGCAUGUCACCGGAAGAGAACACAUUCCAGAAGCUUACGUGUGAUUGCACAGGAAAGGGCCCUGCCGGUUGAAUGAUGUACUUCCGCUGCACUUUUCACCAGCAGCAGCCUCAACUUGGCACCAGGACAUCAUCAGUUCCAACACUUUAUGGUAUCUAGUUUUCAGGAACCAGCUUCCGUUCCCAAUAACCGAAAACGACGAGUCGAGCCAAGCCAAGCCAUCAACGCGACCGGGUGCUGAUAGCGAGUUAUCACCAUUCUCGUUGUCGUUUGAAUGAAUACUUCCCGGCUCGGUUCCAUUGCCGUCGCCGAAACAUGGUAAUAAUGGGUGACGAUGCCCGGCGCGCUUUCUGACAGCAAUUAGGAAUUCAAAGCAUUCGCCAAAACGCUACACAGUCAGCCCGGCAACCCUGCAGCCAAGAACCAUUCCGGGGGUUCCGCGGGCGCCGCCACCGGAUCGCAUCAUUAGAAUUCCGACUUCCUGCAAAAGGGUUGGGAAAUUUGGCGAUUAAAAUUGUUCCCCUGCCUCCCUUCUCAAUCGGGUCCCGGGAAUUCCGAAGGGCGCUAGAUAGAACUCGGGGAACCAAAAAUGUCCAUCUACCACUUAGAAGGGGUUGCUCGUAAUCGUAGACACCAACAGCAACGUCAAAAUCAGCAGCAAGUUAUACCAUUGGCACUUGGGAAUCAACAGUUCGACGGAGUUGGCUGCCUCCAUCAGCAAAACAACCACCGGGAGCUUCGGCAAGCUGUCUAAGAAAUUAUCCCACCACCACUGAAUGAGCGAGCCACCAUCAGCCAACAAUCCGAGUUGAGUUGAGAAGAUUCCUUUUCCCGCGAAAACCGAGGGGAUGUAAUCCAAAAUUACAUCACGUUCAUUGGAUUAGUCAUCAUCGUCCUCGGAGUAGCUUUAGCAAGCGACGGGCGGCUUAAGCAAAACGAAAUCCCUCCUAUCAGAGCUUCAGAGACGACGAAAGCCAAAAGUGGAGCUUUUGGAGAAAGAAACAACACAUUCUCGUUCAGUCACAAUUUUGCCCGGCUAGGGAAGCCAUUUUCGAGUGAUAAACCACCCCAACAACAACGACUCACGAGAUAAACAGAAGGAAGACCGCAGAAUCGCAGCAGGGCAGUGUGUGCGGGGGUUCCGCGCGGGGGUGGUAAUCUCUCUUCGCUCGCAUCAUGAAAGGAUCCGACUCCAGUGCGAAACUAUGGAGCGCUACGUCCUCGCCGUCGGCCAGCAGCCAGGAUCUAAGUCAUCAGCAGCAACUUCAGCAACAAAAGCAUCAGCAGUUUCCGAGCAACCACAGUCGAAACAGCUCAGCGUCAGCGGCCUCCGGAGCCAGUGGCGGUUCCUCGACAGUGCUGCUACUGGGAACCGCGGACAGUUCCGGUGGAGCCGGAGGAGGAAAAGAUGGGAUCGGAAGCACCGGUGGCCUAAAACUGACGAGCAGCAGCAGUUCAGCUGACAAACCAAACCACAACGGGUAUUCGUCGGUGCUGCGGACGGCUACAACGACGUCCUCGUCCUGUACGAUCCAGGGCUUCGGUGAUGGCCAUGAGGCAGCCGCUGUAAAUAAAAACAGUACUAAUAGCAGUAGUAGCAUCAGUAGUCACAACAAUACUAGCAGUAGUAAGGGCAAUUAUUUCUUCGGAGCAGCAAACAACGGCAGUAACAAUAGUAGUAAUACAAGUAGUAGCAAAAGCAGUAAAAGCAUAAGUAAUACCGGAAGUAGUUCCGGUUACCACCACCUGCAUCAGCAGCAGCAGCAGCAGCAUCAUUACCACCAUCAUCAUCACCACACAUCCGGCGGCAGUGGAGCGAGUACAAACAUUCUGACCCGAUGUUGCCUGUACCUGACCAAGGGCCUAAACAUGCGGCUCUGUGCCAUAGGCCUGGUGCUCGUUACGCUGCUCUCGAUUGCGUACUUAAACUACUACAUGGACAGCUCCCCGAUUGCCAGUUUCAUGCAUCGGGAUACCCACCCACCGGCUCCGCUGAUCCAUUGCCGGAUGCUAAACGGCAAGGAUGCCUCCGGGCCGCUGGAAGCUUCCCAGGCACCGGAUCACCGUUCCGAGGCUCGGCUCCGGAUCGACCCCAAGGUGCUCGUCUUCGUCGAAACCACCUACUCCAAGCUGGGCCGGGACAUUGCCGAGCUGCUUGUUUACAACCGUAUCAAAUAUAAAAUCGAAGUCGCCGGCAAAAACGUUCCGGUCCUUACGAUACAGGACAAGGGCCGGUACGGGGUGAUUGUGUUCGAGAAUCUGGAAAAGUACCUGCAGAUGGACAACUGGAACCGACAGCUGCUGGACAAGUACUGCCGGGACUAUUCGGUUGGCAUCAUUGGCUUUGUGGCACCGAGCGAGGAAACGUUGGUGGGGGCUCAGUUGCGCGGAUUCCCACUGUAUGUGCACACGAAUUUGAAGUUGAGGGAUGCCAGUUUGAAUGCGGGGUCUCCGGUUCUGCGGCUGACGAGGGCCGGGGAUACGGCUUGGGGCCCAUUGCCUGGAGGGGAUUGGGCGAUAUUUCAACAUAAUCAUACGAGUUAUGAACCGGUGGAAUGGGCUCAGAGGAAUAUGCAAGAAUAUCCCGCGGAAGGAGUUCAACCUCCGCUGGCGACCGUUAUUCAGGACCAUGGACGGAUUGAUGGCAUCCAGAGGGUAUUGUUUGGAGCCGGACUGAAGUUUUGGCUUCAUAGAUUGUUGUUUUUGGAUGCUCUAUCGUAUUUGAGUCAUGGACAGUUGAGCUUGAAUCUGGAGAGGAGAAUAUUGAUCGAUAUUGACGAUAUAUUCGUUGGAGAGAAGGGAACUCGGUUGAGGCCAGAUGAUGUUCAUGCUCUGAUAGCGACCCAGAGUAGGAUGGCAAGUAUGGUACCUGGGUUUAGGUUUAAUCUAGGAUUUUCGGGGAAGUAUUUCCAUCAUGGAACGCACGAGGAAAAUUUGGGAGAUGACAUGUUGCUGAGAAAUGUAGAUCAGUUCAAUUGGUUUUCGCAUAUGUGGAAUCAUCAGCAACCGCAUCUGUAUGAUAAUUUGACAAUGCUGAUGAACGAUAUGCUGCUAAAUAAAGAUUUUGCUAAGGAGAAAGGCAUUCCAACAGACUCAGGCUACUCCGUGUCGCCUCAUCAUUCCGGGGUGUACCCUGCCCAUGAGCUUCUUUACAUGGCUUGGAAAAAAGUUUGGAACAUUAAGGUGACAUCGACAGAAGAGUAUCCCCAUCUAAGGCCAGCGAGACUUCGCCGAGGCUUCAUCCACCGAAAUAUUAUGGUCCUUCCGAGACAAACGUGCGGCCUUUUCACUCACACUAUGUAUAUCGAUCGUUACCCCGGGGGACGUGACAAACUAGACGAAUCCAUCCAAGGAGGAGAACUCUUCCAGACCAUUGUGUACAAUCCCAUCAACAUCUUCAUGACCCACAUGUCCAAUUACGGUAGCGAUCGGCUUGCCUUGUACACAUUUGAAUCAGUUAUCAAAUUCCUUCGCUGCUGGACCAAUCUUAAGCUAACCUCGGCACCACCACUCCAGUUGGGUGAAACGUACUUCAAGCUGCACCCUGAAGAAACCGACCCAAUUUGGGGUAAUCCAUGUGAUGACGCGAGGCACACCAAAAUUUGGUCCAGGAACAAAAGUUGCGAAACACUGCCCAAAUUCCUGGUCAUUGGACCGCAGAAAACUGGAACCACUGCACUGUACACAUUCCUUAGCAUGCACCCAUCGGUGGCCAGCAACCUCCCCAAUCCGGACACCUUCGAAGAGAUCCAAUUCUUCAACGGCAACAAUUACUACCGGGGACUCGAUUGGUACCAGAGCUUCUUCCCGGUUCAACCGAACGGCACCGAGGGACGAUACAUGUUCGAAAAAUCAGCGACCUAUUUCGAUGGCGAACUGGUUCCGAAGAGGGCGCAUGCCCUGCUUCCACGAGCCAAAAUCGUCACCAUUCUUAUCUCACCGGCCAAACGAGCUUACUCCUGGUACCAACACAUCAAGGCCCACGGGGAUCCCAUAGCCAACAAUUACAGUUUUUAUCAGGUCAUAAUGGCCAGCGACUCGGCGCCAAAGCCGUUGCGGGACUUACGCAACCGGUGCCUGAACCCGGGCAAAUACGCCCAGCACCUGGAACGGUGGCUGGCGUACUAUCCGCAGCUGCAGCUGCACAUCAUCGACGGGGAACAGCUGAAGACGAGUCCGGCCGAGGUGCUGAUGGAGCUGCAGCGUUUUCUGAAGCUGACGCCCACCUACGAUUACAGCGAGCAUCUGCGGUUCGAUCCGAAGAAGGGCUUCUUCUGCCAGGUGGUCAACGAGAACAAGAACAAAUGCCUGGGGAAAUCGAAGGGCCGACAGUACCCACCAAUGGACGAGAAGAGCUCAAAAUGGUUGCAGAGAUACUACCAAAACCACAAUACGGCCCUCAAUAAGCUGCUCAAGAAGCUCGGUUCCAGGCCGAUUCCCCAGUGGCUGAAGGACGACCUUUCGACGACGUCCUAACAAAACCAGCUUCGAGAAAACAUCAAUAACAACGUCAAUAACGGCCAACCAUCCGGCCAAACAGCAGAACAUCAACAGCAGCAGCAGCAGAAAAACCCACCGGCCGUCUCAGCCCAACAGCAACCGGAAGUCAUCAUCCAAUGCAUUCAACGACGACGAUAGUCAAAAACAACCAACCCCCGCAAGUUGUAAUUGUAAAGUACCAAUAUAGGACAAACAAACGUCUUAGAUAUGUAUGUAGGUAUCUAUAAAGACAGAUUGUAGCAAAAAAUGGCGAAGCUUAUAGAGAAGAAAGUGAUUUUAAGCCGAUUAUUAUUGGUCCAUCAUUCAAUGUAGUGACUCAAAGUCAAACGGAAGCUAGGACAAAAGUGCUUCUCUGAGUUUGUAUAAUAGAAAAAAUGGAUAGAAGGCAUACUUGCAAACAAUGAAAUUGUGCAGCUUAAGGACAAGUUGCUAAAAUUAAGCAUCGACGACCCCACACACAAAACAAAAAACUGCACAGCUACCUAGGGUGUAAGAAGUUUAUUUAAAACCAGUUUCUAAGCUCUAUGGAUUAAUUUUUAAGUUUUAAAGCAAUGUAUACUAAACGCUCGGAAAACAAUUCUUAACAAAAACUAGAAGAAAGCCAGACCCCCUUUAAAAGUUCAUAAGAUUCAGGUUGAAUCAAAGAGAUGACUGCAUUCCUUGUAUGUUUUCUUAGCAGCGCAAGAGUUAAUUAUUUUUCGCUUUAAGAAAUCAGAAGGCAAAUCAAGUAGGUCGAGGUCUUAAGUCGAGAAAACGGAACUAAUUUACGCUUAGUGGCUCAAAUUAGACACAACUGGUGUAGUAAUACGAAUGUAAAGGAAAACAAAAUUUUAAAAAGUAUUCUUUCCAAUGCUAUGUUAGGAAAAUAACGUUAAGUUAAUGUUACGCUUAUUCCACCUUUCUUGGUAUGGAUUGAAUUUUAAUGGAGUUCGAUUGAGCUUGUGCUUUCUAAAAUUUUGAUUACAAUUCAAUAGUAAAAGUAGUUGGUACCUAGUAGUGUUUGAGGGUCAGUUUUACAGUUUUUAAAUUUAUUUUUAGUGUACUUCCAAAUUUUAAAUAAACUGAACUAAGCUCAGCAAACCUAUUAAAAUUUAAUCUCAUACAACCGUUGCCAUACAAAGAUUUUAGUUAAACGUUCAAGAUUAUUCAAUUGAAAACCCCCUAAACUAUUGAUAGGUUAAACUAUUAUGUACUUACGAGUUGAAAGUUAUGGAAAAGUGGUCAAGUACUUACCGGACACUCGAGAAAAAUAAGAAAAAAAAUCCAAACAAAAUGUAUAAAAGAAUCCACACAAAAAAAAAACCGCUAAAACAAAAUGUGUUAACAGUAAGUUUUAGAAACUAAUCUCGUAACGAAACGGACGCAAAGAAGCAAGUUUUACAUAUCCUUCAGGAAACGGAAAGCAACAUUUAAAACAAAACAAAAUAUUCAAACUGUAAAGAAUCGAAAAAAAAUGAAUGAAACCACUACCAUCAACAGAACUCAUCGAAAGUUUAUGCAAUAUUGUUCCGUUUAGUUCUUUGUUUCAAUAAAUUAAACGUUACG